AUGAGUUAUAACUCCGUUUUGAAUUUGAUUGAAAAAAAAGUUGAGGAUCUUGGUGGGAAGAUAACAAAUCGGUUUAAAAUAAUCAAAGGUUUCAGUAUGGAAUUAUCUGAUGAAUAUAUCAAUACUUUUAACGAUCAAGUGAACAAGUUGAGUGAUUUAGUGGGUUACAAAAUUAAUGUGGAGGAGGAUCAAACGAUGCAUGCAUACUGA